AUGUGCUAUAAACUGCUUAUAAUUGCACUACUUAUUGGCCUAAGUAGUUGUGAAGUCGUCAUCGGCCAGGAUGAGCUCGUCGACGAAGUAUCCGGCUACUACACAAUCGAGGGCAAAGUGUAUGCGCCGGAGAUUGGGCCCGGAGCUAACCAGGGAUUCGCAGUCACAUUGCCCAGUGGAAACAAGUGGCAGACGGAUCUGUCCAUAAGCAUCAACAACGGAGAGUACAAGGGCUUUGUGCGCGAGGAUGGACAGUUCAUAAUCAGUGGAGUUCCCUCUGGAAGUUACGUACUCGACAUUUACCACCCUGACAUAUUCUAUGAGCCCGUGCGCGUGGAGAUCAAUCCAAAGGGCAAGUUCCGGGCACGAAAAGUGAACUACAUUCAACCGGCGCAGGUUGUCCAAGUGCCAUAUCCACUGAGGAUGAAGCCGCUCAUGCGAUUCAAAUAUUUCCAGACGCGUGAGCAAUGGAAGAUCACCGACUUCCUGUUCAGCCCCAUGGUAUUAAUGAUGGCCUUGCCCUUGUUGCUGAUGUUGGUACUGCCUAAAAUGAUCAAUGAUCCCGAGACAAAGAAGGAAAUCGAGAACAUGCAGUUCUCAAAGAUGACCAACGAUAUGCCGGAGAUCAGUGAAAUGCUGACAUCAUUCCUCGCAGGAAAACAGCCAGAGCCGAAGGAGAAGAAGCCAGUUACGGCCAGCAAACAAACAAAAAAACGCAAUUAAGAUGUGUUCCUUCAUUGCCAGUGGAAGGGAACUAGAAAAGUAAUUUGAUGAAGCCCUAAGCUAAUAGAGAAACUACUCUCAGUUUAUAGUCAAAUAUCGAAACAUAAAUAAAAACUUUCAUACCAAA